UGUUUUGUUUAAUGAGAAAAAGCGAUCAAAGGAGUGUGUUCGGAGAAUGAGCCUCGGGGAUUGGGUAUCAAUUAUCGGUUUCACUGCUCCAUGGAGGUGGGCACCAGACCCGCCGUAAUCUCCUGUUAUUCCCUGGGUUGUUGGAUCAGCACUGGCCCCAAUUUAUGCUAUUAUUGCAUCGAAGGCUAUGUUAGGUGCAUCUCGAACAAGAUGAUCCAAUUCCCCGGCUUUGACGAGGUAUUCAAUCAGUCCCGCAUUCAUCUCUUAUCCGUCCGAGUGAAAUGGGUUCAUUCCGUCUAGCGCAAGAAGCACCAGCUGCAGAUCAAUCCGAUAGCAUAUCUAUACCUAGGAGCAGCACUGGCUAAGGAUCCGCACCUGUAAGCGGAGCCGAGCAGGGCUGGGCCCCUACUAGUAAAGGGAAAACGGAAGUCAUUCAGUUUACUGAAAAAAGAAGUCUCUCAUAAUCUCGUAUUUUAUACUAAUCACAGUGGCUAUCUUUCUUCAAGUGAGAGAUCGGAUCGAGAAACCAUCCCCCAAAGGGUGCUGCUUCGGUCACCGGUGGUGUUCCAAACCGGCACUAGCUCUAUAAGUCUUCAAAACAACCCACUGGAUUUUCUUCUUCGUAAGGGGAGGAAGAUGAGGCUAAACAGCUAUAUUGGACUUUCGAUUUUGCGUUGUUAUUUUCACGAGGUUGUAAAUAAUCCAAUGUUCAGUGAGAUGACUUUACUACUGACUGAAUCGCUUGAAUUAGUGGAAGGAAACGAGGCUUCUGGCCCGGCUGGUCCCACUGGAGAGGAGAGUUUUGACUGCGAAAGAGGCAGGGGCGCGUCUGGUGGUAUCGUAUAUAAGAUCACGGCUGCAUUUAGGGAGCCCGAAGGGCUUCUUCAACAAGCCGGUAGUGAUCUCACUUUCGAAAGAGAGUCUCGACGUGGCGGUGUACACGUAGCUCCAUAGCGGAGCGGCUACCGGGCGACCGACCUAUCGGACCUGGUAAAAAAGCAAGUGAAAGAAGGACCAACGACGAUCCUAUCCUAAAGGAGAAGGAGGAGGAGGUGGGCUAAAAGCGCCUGGUUCGAAUGAUUACGAGAUACACAAUGAGACAAAGCCUACAGGGGAGAGCACUUAGACAAUUCACUUUUUUUACAGGGAAGUCUGCUGGGAGGAAUUCCUCAGGGCGUAUUACGGUUUUUCACCGAGGGGGUGGAUCGAAGCGAUUGCAGCGAAGAAUUGAUCUGAAACGAAGCACUUCGUCUAUGGGCAUUGUAGAAAGGAUAGAAUAUGACCCUAAUCGUUCUUCUCGGAUCGCUCCAGUACGAUGGAUCGAGGGGGUGCAGCUACGCCGCCAGAGGAAAUGCAACACGAUAGAAGAGUUCGCUCCGCCGCGUAAGAUCCUCGAACCUACCACGACCACCAUCCGCGGCCUAUUUUCGUUCUCUUCCCUGCCCGGGAAGGUGGAUCAAAGAAAGGUAGCUUGCUUCUCUCCUGGACUGAUGGCGGCUUAUGUAGUGGUCGGCCUUCCUACCAGAAUGCCUCCUUGGUCGAAGAGCCAAGCCAGCGCAGGCAAGGUAUAUCCUUGCGCGAAGGACGUUUUCUUCUCUGCCCUCUCCUCUCCAAAGGCCAAGGGAGAGACUGCAUCCCUUUCCUUCGGUAGCUCUUUUGGUUUCCCAAGGAUAGCGGUAGCUGGGGCAAAGCCCGCUUUCUUCGCUCCGCGAAUGAGAGAGAAAGUAAGAGGAAAAAACACGUUCUCUCUUUGCGAGGUCCGAAAGUGGAGAACGCAUAGCAUUCUCUGGGCACAUAGGAUCAAACGUAAAGCAGCGCUUUCUUGGCAGAGUUUUAGGCGGCAAGAGACUGACGGGCUUGUUGGAGCUGCUGAGCAUAACGAAUCGAAGCCGAAGACGGAUCAAGGUAGCUUGCCUGCCAAGCCGAUAGGCGAAGGGCCGAAGGAUGGAGCGUGCAAAGUCGAUCUCACACGGGAAGAGAGGUCAAAUGGCAAGAUGGCCAUACGCCCGUUUGGCUCCUCGCGGAGUAUAGCUCAUAUCCAACAUCUGAUUGGGGAACGGGGCAACGCCCAUGAAGCUCCGGCGGAAAGGGAAGGCCUGCCAGGCCGUAUGCCCAUGGGUGCAGGAUUCUUCGAAAAAGCGCGGGCUGACUCGGAGACCUGGGACCUUGGCUUAGCAACGAAUGAAGGAAGCUCUUCGAGCUUUCUCCGCCAGCGGCUUAUGUAGUGGUCGGCCAACUAAAGCUCGCGUUGCUUCGCUUCCCUCCCCCCUUACUGAACUAAAGUAGUCGUCGGCCUUCUAUAAGCGACUUGUCGAGUCCCAUUCAAGCUAGUUGGGGCUUUGCUUCUUGUAGUCGGCCCGUAAUGCCUCCCUUCAUUUGCUUGCCUCCUUCCAGCCCAGAAUGCCUACAGACUAGAAACUAACCGCUAGAAGCUCACCCUUCGGGUGUCGCUUCCAGCGCAGGAGGCCAAGCAUUCUGUCAGACGUCCCGGCCUGAGAGCCCCGUUCGCCUUUGGUACUUCAGUAUAUCUUCAAAAAGAAAAGCGCUACUUCAAUGCAGCCUUAACUACAACUACAUUACGCAAGCCCCACCGAUACCUACCUAUAGAGUCAAAGUACCAGUGACGGUGACUUUGACGGUUUAUGGAUUCAGUAAGCUAAACUCCAUCAAACUCCUCAAUCAAUAUCAACAAACAACAUGUCGUGACCAGCGAAGAAAACAACAGGGUGGUCUACGAUCAGCAGCAAGCAAGAAGCCGGAUGCGCUAACGCGCCCCCAGCAAGAAAAGGCCUACCGCUAGAUAAACGGGCUAACGCGCCCAUGCAACCAAGCAACGGCUGAUCGUAGACCACCGUUGCCUUGACUCUGUUAGGGGCGCAGUAGUUUGAUUGCUGCGCGUGCUAACGCGUCAAAGCAUGCUAACGCACAACGGCGCGAGCGACGUUGCUUCUUUGGUCGUAGAUCAGCUAGGGCGCGGAAGCGAGCCUUUGGCUCGCCUUGUUCUGGCGCGCGCCUUACUCAAAUAGGGGCGGAAGGACUUUCUUCUUGGUUUAGAGUUGGGCUAAGUAGCGCCUUUACGUCUAAGGGUGCUUGAGCGCCUAGCGGCUUGCUUUUUGGCCGCUUGCGAAGAAAGCCCCUAACCUAGGUUGGGCUAACGCGCGCCCCUACCCUAGACGGUUAGGGGCUUUCUCGCUUGUUGCCUCCGUUUGUGAUCUACGACCACCCUCCGUUUGCCCUUUAUUAGUAAGGGGCAAGCACUUGGGCGGAGUAAAGCGGAUCGUAGAGCACCGUUGCGCUAACGCGCGCGCUGUAGUUUUUCAGCUUGGUUGACUUUGUAAUGUAAACUAACUAAUAGGCGGCGUUUAUUCAAACAAAGGGAACCGUUAAUCCUUGGGUAAGUAGUACAGUACGACAAUUGUUGUACUAUUAAGUAGCUGUACAACAGAAUGUCGUUCGCCUUUACUUUUGUAUUGAGUAGUACUUAAACUUAAGUAGCUAAGUUUCCAAAGGUGAACAGCCCCCUGUCCUUUAUAGUCGUAAAGAGCUUCUCAGAAAAGGAAGGAGGCAUUCGAAAGGCCGACCACUAUAUAAUAGGCAUUCUGGGGAAGGCCGACGACUACACGGAGAGAUCUCUAUACCAAGUCAUGAGCGAUAGCGAAGCCGCCUAUAGGCGAAGGGACGAAAGCCCGGCGAAGGUUAGACCUGAGAAAGUACGAAAAUAAGUACGCCCACGGAGCGGUGACGAAGUCACUUAGCCGAGCCGAGGCCCACGGAGCGGUUAUUGAAUAACUUAGUCGAAGAAAGUGAGAUUUUGGUUAUGAAAUAGCUUAGUUGGUUGAAGGUAAGUGAAAGAGUUCAACUAACCUUAGCUGUUCUACAAAGGGGAAAAGCCCACGGAGCGGUUACAGAGUCACUUAGCCGUCUACAAAGGGAAAGGCGUCGGUACGGAGUUGCGUCAGCUGUGGAUAUAGACUAGGCUAAGGAACGGAGUCAACAACUAUGGACCGAGACUACACUAAGGAACAAGGAAGCUUGACUGAGCAAAGAAGUCAAGGAACGAAGCUGCUUCUCUAAUAGCCCCGUUGAAUAGGAGGGCGAAGGCUUUUUGAAAAAGUCUUUUUUGUCUUGUAAAUCAAUUUAUAAAAAAAAUAUUUAGAGAGAGGGGGCUUCAAGUUCUUAGGAAGAGCCGUACGAGGCAGCUCACGUACGGUUCGGGAGCCGAGCCCCAGCACAGGGGCUUAGGUCAACACUUAUAUAAUAGCCAGUCAUCAAUUGGAAGCGGGCAAGAUGGUGAUGAAUUGCGAUUGGUCCAAACCUUCGACCAGCGGCUUCUUGCGACCUGCCCAGAAUGCCCAUACAUACCAAGACCUUGUUCACACAGCGAAUAAA